AUGGAUACCAGAGAACAGAUUGAGCUAAAAAACUACAACAACGGUGUCGUUGAGACAGUUGAUCUUCGAGAUGGCAAUGGGAAGGAAGAACAAGGGCUAUCAGCCAGCCAACAACAACGCAGCAACGGGCUGAAUCUCUCGCUUGACAAAUACAUCAACUUCCUGCCGACGGUGGCAUUCAGCGGCAACCUUCAAUGCUCGUGGGAGGCAGUGGCAGUGUCUUUCCAGGCUGGAUUACUCAAUGGCGGACCGACAUCUUUAGUCUACGGCACCCUUCUCUGCUGGAUUGGAAACCUUGCAACCGCAGCCUCCAUCGGAGAGAUGGCGUCCAUCAACCCAACCGUCGGUGCCCAAUACCGAUGGAGCGGCCUCUACGCACCGCCAGGCAUUAUGUCCCCUGCCUUUUGGGGGCUGAUCACCGGCUGGGUGACCGUCUUCGGCUGGAUAGCUGUGGUUGCGCAGCCUGCCUUUCUCGUUGGAACUAUCAUUCAAGGCCUGAUCACUCUCAACGUCGACAGUUAUGUCGCGCAACCGUGGCACGGCACGAUGCUCACCUGGGCGGUGCUUGCCGUUCCAGUACUCUGCAACGUCUUUGCUCGGAAGGUGCUGAACAGCAUCGAAAUCGUCGGUGGGAUUACCCACACGGCAUUCUGGAUCAUCUGGGUCGUUGUCCUUACCACUAUGGCACGUCGAAGCUCGUCGGAGUAUGUUUUUGAGACAACCUACAGCGGUGCGGCGUUCGGAGGAUGGGAGAACACUGCCUUUGAUGGUGUGAUCCACAUGAGCGAUGAGGUCAGAGACGCCGAACGGAAAAUCCCUCAGAGCAUGGUUCUGUCUGUCCUCAUCAAUGGUGUCAUGACAUUCGCGACUGUCAUCGUCUUGCUGUUCUGCAUUGGCGACCCCGUCGCGGCGCUCACCAGUCCUACCGGCUAUCCCGUGAUCGAAAUCCUGCGCGAGGCAACGCAGUCGAAAGGAGCUGCGACUGCCCUCAUGCUCAUGCUAUCAUGGAACGGCAUUGUCGCUCUCUUCUCCUCGCUGGCAUCCAUCUCCCGCUUGACUUGGGCCUUUGCAAGAGAUCGAGGCCUCCCGUUCCCGACGUUCUUCGGUGCCGUACACCCACGCCUUCGGAUCCCUCACAACGCAUUGGGGCUCGUUGUCACACUCGUGGUCCUCCUCAUGCUGAUCAACAUUGCGUCGCUGUCUGCACUCUUCGCCAUCCUAUCGCUCGCGAACAUGGCGCUUUACGGAUCCUACCUGCUUCUUGUGACCUUCUUUUUCCUCCACAAGCUUCGAGGCGGACCACUUGUCCUUGGACCGUUCCAGCUGGGGAAAUGGGGCUACGCAAUCAACGUCUUCUCGAUGGUGUUUCUUGUCUUCAUCAUCAUCUGGCUGCCAUUCCCACAGUUUAUGCCGGCGACAGCGGCCAACAUGAACUAUGCCGGUCCCAUCUUCGGGAUGGUUAUCCUGCUCGCUUUGGUGGAUUGGUUUUUUUGGGGCCACAAGCGGUUCAGUGUUCCAACGACGGAGUCUGUCUUUGUUGAAGAGAUACAUGAAUAG